AUGACUCAAAGUGCAAAUAUUAUUUCUAGUUCUGUUCAAGUUUUCAUUAAACCUAACCAAGAGCAUGUUUUGUUUGAUAACGUUGAAUGGAAACCUAUUAACCCAAUUUAUGGAAUAUUAAAACAUAAUAACAAAACAGACGUAGCAACUGGUGUGGUUUCUGAGCCCCUAAAUAUUUUAUGUUGUGAGCCAAUUUUAAAUAACAGUAACAACAAUGAGUUAUACGAAUACAGAAUUGUCACUGACGAUGUAGAUUUUUUACAAAAAAAAUGUCUAGAACUAAAAAUAGCAACUACCCUAAAUAGUGCUGAAACUUACUUAAGUAUUGUAGAAUGUUGUAACGAACAUAAUGUUUCAUGUUUCAUUAGUUCCAAAAGGUACUAUUAUCAUGAGCCAAUUGGUAUAAACACUAGUUGUAAUAAAAAUAUUGCCAAUGGAUCAAGUAACGCUGAUAUCAUAAAUCAACAACAUGGAAACCAGAAUUUUUAUAUUUAUGUUUUCGGUAAUCAGCUAAAUGUUAUUUCCGUAGAAAGUUCUUUAAGAACAUUGAUUGAUAUGAAGGAGGGUAAGUUUGUAAAGUACCUCAAGAUUCCAUCUUAUCACUAUAUCCCAUUGAUAGGAGGAAUCGGGUUUCAAGACUUUAAAACAUUAUCGUCGAUCUAUAAUGUUAACAUUUAUUUGCCUACCCUAUUACCAGUAUUGAAUAAUAAUAAUAAUAAUAUACAAUCACUGGGAGAUACCAUUUUCAUUACUGGUGAUUUGCAUGGUAAUGUCUUAUUGGCUGUUAAAAAUAUUAAAGAAAUUAUUCAAUCAUGUACAUUAUACUCAACAGUUUUACAAAAUAUUUUGAUAAAAGAUGUAUAUUUAUCGCCAAUGAAAUUAAAAUACAUAGCCGAAUUUUAUAAAGAUGAUAUUAUUAAAUUAAUGGUUGAAUACUCCUCCUUUAUUGAAAUAGACUACGCAUCGAAUUCAGUCAUAUUUUACGCAAGUGAUUAUAAACUUUUAAAAUUGGCAGCCCGUGAGUUUGCUAGGCUAUUUUUGAUGGAUAUUUACGAAUUUGAAAUUAGCGGUAUUUCGAAAUGGAAAGAUAUGCUUCCGUUUUAUAAAAAUAUAGAUCAAUAUAACAUGUUUGGACAAUAUGUCAUUCAGAACGAUUCUGAUAAUUUCAAGGUAUCGGUCAUCGGCGAGGACGUGGUUCCAUUUAUCAAAGGUAUUUCAAGGGACUAUAAUUUGGCCGUGGAAAAUAAUCUAAAAUUUACGAUUUAUAUUGAACUACUACCCGAGUUUAGAGAAUUUAUUAGUGGGAAGAAAAACGGUAAGUUUAUUAAAAUUAUGGAUACAUUUAAAAUUAAUUUGAAGACAGUGGAGAAUACAAAGAGCAGUAAUGGCAAAAACACUAAGGACCAGCCUAUAAUUGAAACUAUUUUUGUUGCCUUGGAAAGCGAUAAUUUAAAUGAGGCCGUAUCAGGUCUAGAUUUACUUUUACAAGAAGUUCCUGCAGAGGAAUCGUUUUACAUUCCGGAGGCUUAUCAUAGAUCCAUAAUUGGCACAGGUGGAUCGCUAAUUCAAAGCGUGAUGAAAAAGCACAAUGUGUUUAUUCAGUUUUAUAACACUUUUAAUUAUCCACAAAACUCAUUUAAUUUUGUUAGAUUUAAUAAUGUAAUUAUUAGAUGCCCUUCUAAAAAUAAACAUACUAUACGGAAAGCCAAAGAAGAAUUAUUAGAGUUGGCCUCGAGAUGUAGUGGGUACAGGGACGACAACAACGACAACGACAACGACAACGACGUUAAAAAUACGAUCAAAAUAUCUAAAAACCAAUAUAAUAUGAUGACCAUUUAUAGUCCAAGGGAAAAUAGAAUUCAAAAUAAAAUAGGCGAGUUUGAAGAAGAGUUGUGCAUUUUUAUUAAUUUCCCCUCUCAAUUGAUCCUUGAGGACGAAGAGUCUGUAGUAAUAACCAUUAAACACAAUAAUAGUUUAUUGUCAGAUCCCAAACAGCAUUUAAAUACAAAAACAAGUCUGAAUUCCACCAACAGCAAACAUCUAUUGUACAAUGACAAAUUUUCGAGUAUACUCCCAAGAGAGUAUAGAAUCCAAACUUCCUACCAAUAUCUCUUGGGGAAGUAUUUAAAUGAAGAUGAUGAUUUUGUAAAUACCAUUAAAACACCCAUUUUAGCAGCACUGAAUAUAAGUAUGGAAUUCACCGGGGAUAGUAUUAUUUUAGUUUACCAUAAAGAAAAAGCAAACGAAAUUAUAAAUGUAGUAAGCUUGAUUAGUGAUUUUUUGAAAAAUAAAAAAAAUAUUGAAAUAAUCUCCAAAACUGAAUUACAUAUUUAG